UUUUCAAAAGGAAGCUUCGUCUUAGAGAUAGACACAAUUAGAGAGAGAGAGAGAGAGAGAGAGAACGAUUAUGGCGAAAUAUCUGUACUGUAGUUUUCAAGUGCUUGGUUCUUUUUAUUAUCUUCCCUCUUCCAGAAAUCACUCUUCACUGUUUCACUUAGGUACUCUUUCUCUCUGGCACGCCAACUAGUUUGACUGAUUGGUUAGCUUCUAUUCUUUGUUUAUUGUUUUAUUGCUGGGUGACUUGUGGAGCUUGUCCGUAGAAGCAUUUGCUCAAGCAAAAUAAAGGACAAAGAAAUUGAGAUGUGGUACUGAUAGCUUUUAGCAUGGUAAAAGAAGCUGCAUGUGGUCCUUCUAUGAUCCAGAACAGAUGUGGAGAUUUGUAUGUGCAUACUAUUACUACUUGUGCCGGUGAUUGUUGAUUAAAGUUAGAAAUCAUGUCUGCAUAUGCGCAUCAAAUGGAGCGGGAGUACUCCGCCCAGAAUCUCUCCAGUAGAGAAAAUACUGGCACAGAGGUGGGAAGCCAUUAUGAGUCAGGGUUCUACAUGACAUCUUUUGCUGCAACAAUCUUCAUUGGUGCACUUGUAGCUGUUGGGAUUUUAUUAAUUACUUUGCUGAUUGCAUUAACUGUAAUGUUGCAAUCUUGUCAAAGUAAGAGUUCAGGAGUUGUUGAAGUUCAGAAAACAAGUGAUGAUUACAAUGGUUGCAAGGCUUUUGCUCUGUAUGCAGAGCUCAACAGCUUGCAAGCAGAUGAAUUCCUUUCAUUUUGCAGGAUUCCUGCUAUUCAGUAUAUUAGAGCAGGUCAAUAUGCAAGGGAUUUGAAUUCUACCAUGUGGCUGGUUCAGAAUUAUUUCAGUAGCAUUACACCUCAAAAUGAUGGUCUUGAUGUUGUAUUGAUCGACAUAGAUGACAUUCUUACCUCAAAUCCUCACCAAACCAUUCUAAUAAUGCACAGAUUUGAUCAGUUUGGUUGUAGUGAUUGUGUCGAAGAGGCUAAGCAUCUGAAGCACCUACUUAUCCUUAGAUUAUACAUGAAACUUCAAGCUAGUGGGUGGCCUUUAAUUUUGUUGACAAGAAAGUCUGCGAGAGAACAAAAUGCCACUGUAGAGCAUCUUAUUUCUACAGGAUUCAGUGGUUGGGUGUCAUUGAUAAUGAGGUCAGACGAUGAAGUGCAUAUGGAUAGCUGUGAUUACUUUUCAAGACGAAGGGCAGUAAUGCAAAAAGAUGGCUUCCGUAUAACAGGUGUUAUAAGCAGCCAUUUCGAUGCUUUAACAGGCCCAUAUUUAGGAAAGCAUGUUUUUAAGCUUCCAAAUGCUAUAUAUUACGACUUUGAGCAUCAAAUUGAGAGCACAUAUAGACCAAAAAAAUAGGUCAUGUCUAAAGGUGGAACCAUUAGUUUGUUCUUGUAUUGAUUAUUGUGACUGUAAAAAAAAACAUUAUUGUCAAAAUUUUGUUAAUAUUUGUUCACAUUUUUUGUGUGUAUCAGUUUAUAAGAAACA